AUGGGGAUAAAUUAUUCUAAAUUUCGAUCUUCUACCAUAUUUCAGAAUCUCAGACAUUCAGUUAGUUCAAUUAAUUUAAGUAGUCCUCCACUAAUAAAAAAAAAUUUUCGGGAAGAUUUUAAAUUUAUAGAUGGUAGAAGAUAUCAUAAUGUUGAAAACAUUUAUUAUUUUUUUCCAAAUGAUGAGCAAGAAAUAGAUAGAUUACAAUUACAACAUUAUAUGAUGAGAUUUAUCUGGUGUUCGAAUUUUUCUUCUCCUGUACGUGAUCUUUUAGAAGAAGGUGAUGCUCAUGUUCUUGAUGUUGGGUGUGGACCAGCUACUUGGGUUUUAGAAAUGGCUUCUGAUUUCCCAAAAUGCGUAUUUACAGGCGUUGAUAUUGUACCAGUAAUGCCAUUAACAAUUAAACCUCAGAAUGUGAAUUUUAUAGAAGCAAAUUUACUAGAAGGACUCCCAUUUCCAGAUGAUCAUUUUGAUUUUACUUACAUAAGAUUUCUCAAUUGCGCAUUUCCUUUUAAUCUUUGGUCAACUCAUGCUAUUCCAGAGUUAAUUCGUGUGACAAAACCGGGUGGAUAUAUCGAAAUAAUGGAAUGGGAAGUAGAAGUUUGUUAUCAAGGUCCAAUUACAAGAGGGUUCAUGGAUGCACACGUUAGAAUACCUGAAAAGAUGGCCUCUUUCCUACAAGAUUCUAACAAACUAAAAAAUAUAAAUCAUGAAUUUCGAGAUAGUCCAAUUGGUAAACAUGGUGGUAAAGUUGGUACAUUAGCUCUUGAAAAUUCUAUAUCUGCUUUUAAACUUUGUGAGGUAAAGUUUGCUGAGGAUCUUGGACUGUCAUUAGAAGAGUAUAAUGCACUUUUUGAUUAUUAUAAAAAAGAAGUUGAUGAAUAUAAAUCUCAAAUUAGAACUCAUAGAUUUUGGGCCGAAAAGAUUUAA